GGUUACAUUCGCGAGCAGAGCUGAGCGCGGGAGAGAGGACCCAAGAGCGCAGCUGAGGGUUCGGCGCCAGUAGGCGCGGCGCAGCUCAGCCCCCGAGUCUCCGCCUGGCACCACACACCCCUACCCCCGCCUUGCUCCAGCUCCGCCCAGCCGAGGACCCCCAAAACCAGUAUGGACUGCUGCACCGAGAGCGCCUGCUCCAAGCCGGACGAGGACAUUCUAGACAUCCCACUGGACGAUCCUGGUGCCAACGCUGCCGCUGCCAAAAUCCAGGCGAGUUUCCGAGGGCACAUGGCACGGAAGAAGAUCAAGAGCAGAGAGAGCGGCCGGAAGGGCCCCGGCCCCGGAGGGCCUGGCGGAGCUGGGGGCACCCGGGGAGGCUCGGGCGGCCCCAGCGGAGACUAGGCCAGAACUGAGCAUUUUCGAAGUUUCCGAGGAGCGAUGGAUGCCGCGUCCCCUUGGCAGUGACGAGACUUCCCUGCGGUGUUUGCGACCCUCUCCUUUCCACCAACCUGCCAGCUUCAGAAGCCUCCCCACGUCCCCAGAGACCCUGUCCCAGGCAGGCUCCAUCGAGGAGUUGCUAAGUCUGUGCCCUUUCAUUUGGUUCUCCAUUCUAGUAUGGUCCCGUUCGUCCUCCUUCCCCACCCUAGCCCCAAACCUCACCCUCCCCAAUCGUCAUUCUUUGCUUCUCGCCGGGUCUCCGCACCAGCAUGCAGUUUUGCCUCCACAGCCUCCGUGCGCUCCCCUAGGUGCACCGCAGAGGGCGCCCUACCCUCUGCGUUGCCCGAGGACACUCACUUUAAAAAAGUGCUUUCGUUCCGUGCACAGCUAAAGGGGACGCCUUUCGUCUCUGCUGUUCUCGCCCUCAACCUGCCCUAGAACUUUGGAUCGGGGACGAGGAGAGCGGGGAAGAGAGUUUUUAUGGUGUUCAAUACCCCUUGCUCUGAUGGGAAGGGAAGUCCCUAUUUCACACCCUUCCCCACGCCUGCCUGUAAUUGGUCCUCCCCUCACCCUUGCGCACCUGGAGAGCCACACAGGUACCAGCUUUCUUGUUUUGCGAACGCCGGAGCGAGGGGGUGGCUCCGUGGGAGGAGUCUGUUGUGGCCCGGCCCCUGCCCUGCUGGCUCCGCCCCCGACGGACUCCUGGGGCUGUGGCCGGAAGGUUUUGUUUUUAUCUACGAGUGUGCAUGUGACUGCUGGGUUGAAAUGUGAACAAUAAACAGGAAUGUCCAAGUGUU